GUUCAGGCUAAUACUGAACCGGUCAUUAAGACCAAUUGUUGAUCGAAAGCCUUCUUCAUCCUCCUUAUCUGCGCUGCUUGGUUUCGAAGUGAUCUUGAAUAGCAGGCAAAAGCAAGCCCUGCGUUUUGGACGCGCUGCUGGCCACGUUGCGUGCAAAGUGAGACUUGAAGAAAUCACACAUGCAAACCUUGACAUGACCAGUGUAGAUUUGUCGCUAGAUCCAGCAAUUCUGUGGGCUAGAAAUGAGCAGUUCGCUUCACAGAGAGAUGCGGAUCAAUUCGUGAAGGGAGUCUUUCAAUAUUUAAAGAGCACGGGCGGUCGUGGAGGUGAAGGUCUGGUCAAUCGUCUCUACAAAUGCCUUCAACAGGAGGAUCAAACACGGACUCUGUCCUUUGUCUGUGACUGUGUGGAGCAAAUCCGCCCAGACAUUGAGCACCAGCCUGACGCAAACACACUCGCACAUGCUCUUCUAGACUGCAUCCCUGCAAACGUCGGUCUACAGACAGCGCUGACACAGCAAGCGCUCUCCAGCGCUGUAGCCCUGUUCUGGCAGCUGCUUGAUCCUGCUCACUCCAGACUGGCUGUAAAGCUCGCACAGGGAUUUCAAUUCACAGAGCAAAGCCUCUGGGAGGCCUCACAAGCAUCUGAAAUUGCUGUGCCAGCCUCGCCCAAAUUUGCAACCUACAAGGAGUUUCAGAGGGAGUUGGCCAGGCGCCUGCUGGCCCUGCUAGACAGCAGCAAGAGCAUGAAGCCUGCCCUGUCGAUGGCUGAGCAGUUUGGGGAACUGGGCGCCGAGUACUUCCAGACAAAGGAGGUUUUGGAGAAGCUGGUGGCAGCCGGCCAGAUUCAGCUGGCAAUGCAGUGGGCUGCCCAAUCAGGCCGUGACAUGCAGGUAGCACUGGUGAGUUUGUGCGUGGCUGGGGGCCAUCUGAAGCAGGCAUGCCAGAUCGUCAUCUCUAAUGACCUGCAAAAGGUAUUUCCAGCGAUUGCCACUGGGGGAGUGGCUGCCCUGAGGGCCAGCGACUGGGCUGAGGCAAGAGCGCAUGUGGCAAAAGAAAACAUCAGCGAGUUUGUGAAGGCAGCGGGCGAGCAUUUUCAGCAGACAAAUGGGGCCGGCGGGCAGAUGAGGAAGUUCUUGGACCACUGCUUGAGCCAGGUGGUGCCAUCUGAGGCAAUGUCUUUCAUCUGCGCAUGCGUCUCGCACAUCACAGAGAGCGAGGAUGAAUCCCCGGCGAUUCCAGUUGCGCAUGCCAUGCUAGACUGCCUGCAAGAACUGGCUCGAAAGGCCGAGCCGGUCCCACAGACAGUGCUUUACACAGCUGCGGCGCUCUACUGGAAGUUGCUCAACCCAGAGAACGCGAGACUGGCUGGUUUGGAUUUCAGCGAGAACAGCUUGUGGGAGGCAACACAGGCCAUUGGAGACUUACAAGCAGCGCCCAGCUUUGCAACUUUUGAAAAUUUUGAGGCAGAGCUUGCGAGGCGCAUUUUCGCACUGUUGGAAACGACCAAGACCAUGUCGCCGGCCAUGGUCACAGCAAUGCAGUUCAGGAGCCUCGCCUCGACAUAUUUUCAGACCAAGGAAGUCAUGGAGAAGCUGGUGGAUGCUGGGCAGCUGUCCCUGGCCAAAGACUGGGCCCAGUGCUGCAAAUAUGAGCUCCAAGUGGCACUGGUGAAGCACUGCAUAGAGCGGGGCAAGUUGAAGAAUGCUCUCCAGGCUGCCAAGGCGCUGGGCCUGGAGGCAGAGUUCCCUGACUUGGAGCGGAUGCAGAGGGAGGACACCCUGGCCAGCCUCUCUAAGAAGCAGCUGUGGGCACAGGCCUGCCAUUAUGAGCGGCUGCUCAGGGACAUGGUGUUGAUGGGCGAACCUUCUCUGGCGCGAGAGUAUGCAGUGGUCAAUUUCGGCCUGGACCCUGCGGUGCUACAAGUGGACCCUGCUGACCUGGCGGCUGACGAGGCGACCAGGUCGGCCACCUACCUGCAGCUUCCGCUGCCGCCGGACGCCGUGCAUUUCGUGGACAGCGCGGCAGGCCUCGCUCAGGCAGCUUCCCUACUGGAGGAAGCUGCCGUGCUGGGAUUGGAUUGCGAGUGGGAACCGUGCACCGAGAGUCGCCGCGGCUCCGACCGCCACCCGCCAGUCAGCCUGCUGCAGAUUGCAUCGAGGCGGCAUGUGGUGGUGCUGGAUAUGGCAGCGCUGCAUCAAGUAGCGCAGCUGGACGCACUUUUGACAAUGCUCCUGUGCAGCAAUGAUGUCAUCAAGGCCGGCGUCGGCGUCGUGGAGGACAUCGGACAGCUGGCGAGAAGCUUCCCAGCCAUCCAGGCUUUCACGAAUUGUAGAGGCCUUCUGGAGCUUGGCAGCGCCUUCUCACAGAGCGAGGCUGCUCAACUGGGCAUGCAGGCAGUGCAGAAGAAGCAUGGCCCUGGCCUGUCUGCCAUGGCGGAGGCAUGCUUGGGCAGACCGCUUGACAAAUCCAUGCAGAUGAGCCGGUGGAAUCGGCGGCCGCUGUCGGAGCGGCAGCUGACGUACGCCGCGUUGGAUGCGCUCGCAUCGGUGCUGAUCUAUGACAGCCUGGCGCGCCGCGACCCGGGCUUUAUCGACCAAGCGGCCGCCGCGCUAGUGUCCCGGCAACAGUCGCUGCAGCCGGCAAGCAGCGUCCAAAAUGCGCGCGGCAAGAAAAGGGCCCUCGUGAGUCCACCUGUCGGUACCCAUUGUGCGUAA